AUGGCCUACUUCGAUAAAAGCGGCGGAAAGCUUGACGAAACGAUACUCAAGGUUUUGGGUACGCUGCAGGUGGUUCUAAAACGAACAAUAGACUACGCCAAAUCGGCGACUAAGGAAGGCGAUAAGUUCGGCGCCAAAAACAAAGAGCUGAGACUGUUGCAGAGUAAGGACGUCAUUGAACACCCGCCGAAAUUCGAUGCGGAGUGUUAUAAACUGUGA